UAUCCAACCUGUUACCACUGUGGAGUUGGCCAGUUACGCAGGUUUGACCAAACAUAAACACUGUCGAUGCUCGGUGGACGCAUAAUGGACGACAUGUAAAGGUGACGUGAAGAUUUGUAUCGGUAGAUCGUAAAUUCAGAAAUCCUGACACCCGUUUCCCACGCUCAUCGAAAUGAAUGUCCCUCGCGUUAAACGGGAAAGACGGCGACGGGGCCAGGCACAGUUACCAUGGCAAGAAUCAACAUGGGUGCAAAGUUUUGCCGGCGACGCACCCAGUCCAAUCAAGGUGUCUGACUUGAACCCUGGCUUUGCAUUGCGACAGAUCGUAUUGUUAAUGGAGAAACGGAAAUUCGAUGAUUGUUCGCAGUUAGUUAACCAAAUGAACCAGCUGACAUUGAAAACCAUUAUGCCGGAAAUGCCAGUUGACGUUUUUAUUGAAGAAAUACCGUACUCUCUGGUCAUAUUGGAAAGUUUGUUUUCCAAGUUGUUUAUCGCCGACCCGGACAGUUUUCCUGUAAUCACAUUAAAAGUAGAAAACAUACUUUUAAGAAUCGUACGAUUUCUAGCAAGGCAAGAAGACCCUAAUGCUCAAAAAUUUUCGAAAAUUGACCAAGCGGAUAAAGCCAUCGCUAGUAUUUUACGUAUUAUUGCGUUCGUGGAGCCGGAAAUUAUGAAAACACUUCGUAGUCGGAAAAGAAUGAUGGAGACAGUAUUGGAGGGCAUGGGAGGGCAUGGAUUAGUUAGUAUAGACAACUCGUUAAUGACUUUGCAUGAUGCACUGAAACUAGAAUUUGAGCAGAAUAUUAUUGCCUACAAGGCCGCUUUACAGAAACUUGAAGAUUUAAGUCUUUCCCACAGCAAGCCAAUGACACUUAAAAACAUUUCCACAGGCAGUGCCCGCACGGCCGCUCCAAGUCACCACAAACUCAUGAAAGUCAACCAAGAUCAAAUACAAGUACGACUUUACAAGAACAAAUCACUUCUAAAUGUUGUAGAGCCAAGUAUGAGAUCCAAACUUCCAAACCUGCUGCAGUUUCUACAAGACUGCAUAGAAAACGAUAAAGGUGCACUUUUAGCGUUUGGUCAGCUUCGCAAAGAAAUCAAAACUAUACCCCAAGACGUGAAAGUUGCUCCGAUCAUUGCCCAGUACACACGGGGACUGAGGAAAGUGUUGGAAAUAUUCAAAAGAGUUUCUGAUGAGAAUCCAACCGAUAUGAUGAACAUGCCAGGUGAUGGUUACCAUAGUGAUGAAGAUACUGUGCUAACGAUAGAGCAUACAUUACAUUCCCAAGAUGAAUCUGAUCAACUAUGUGUGGAUUCAGGGAUAUCAUCCGGGACACAGUCACCAGAUAAAACUUCCAGUGAUGCUGGAGACAUAGCGACCACCAGUAAAAAUGGCUCUGAUAUGGAAGUGAUAACUUUAGGACAAGGCAAGGACAUCAGAAGAAAGCAGGAAAGAGGACGGCAAAGAAAUAAAGAAAAAUCUAGAAGAGGGCGAUCAAAAGAACGGCGUUCUAUUUCGAUAGAUCGUGAUGAUAUCAAACAUUCAAUUACGAGACCUAGAAGGAACAGUGUGGAAGAGAGCACUGAACUGAGAGUUAUGAUAGACAGAAUAAACAAAAUGGCUGCUGCAACAGGUCAAAGAAGCAGAAGUCGGUCAUGUAGUCGAGAUCGCUCGGAGCCGCAUCCUCCAGCCCGGAAACACCUUAAGAGUGCCAAAGAAUGGCUGUGGUCAGAUCUUAAUUUGACAGGUGAGGUUGAAAACCAGAGAGAUGGAAGCAGUGCUGACAGCCAAUCAAAUAACUCGGUAGAAAUUAAUGGAUCCUCAAUGAAUGGUAGGGUUUCUCCAAUGGAAGUGAAAAUUUUCAAAUCAAGUCGAGAAAAACUAUUCUCCGAUGAAAUUGAAAGAUUAAAAACGGAAUUGGCUAAAUGCAAAGAUACGAUACAGCUACUACAGCAGCGCGAAAAACAACUCAUGACGAGAUUAUCUGAUACGUCACAGCGUCAUCUCUACCGCAAAGCAUCAGAGCAGCCUGCAGUGGAUUUGAUUAACGCUUACACUAAACUAUACACUGAAUCGCGACAAGAUGCUUUGGAUGUGCUGGAUGUCAUGUCCGAC